CCGUUUCCGCCUCAUGAGCAGCAGCAAGAAGGUCCGUGAAGGGGACGACGCGCUGGCCAAGGCCGAGAAGCUGCUGACGACCACCAUGUUCCGGUGGUCGCCCGACUACAUGUCGGCGUCGCCGUACCUGGAGAAGGCGGCCGAGGCCUUCCGCGCCGGCCAAGCGCUCGACCGCGCGGCCAAGACGUACGUGCGGCUCGCCGAGGUGCAGCACAAGAACGGCGCGGUCUUCCGCGCUGCCAUGCACAUGGAGACGGCCGCCAAGAUCCACCUGCAGUACGCGCCCAAGCAGCCGCAGCCCGCGAUGCAGUACUACCAGAUGGGCAGUGCGUACUACAGCGAGAUGGGCGAGCUCGGGAAGGCCGCCGAGAUGCUCAUGAAGGGCGCGGCCGCGCUCGAAGCCGUCGGUGUGUCCGACGUCAAGCACAUGUAUUUGGAGGCGUGCGACCUCAUGGAGACGCAGGACAAGCCUCAUUUUGCCGUCGACGUCUUCCGCAAGACGGCGGCUUUUCUCGUCAAGCACAAGGACUACGCCGACGCGGUUGUCAACUACGAGCGGCAAGUUGCCCUCUUCCGCGCCAUGGGCCAGAAAGAAAACAUGUACAAGAGCUUUGCGAGCAUCAUCGUGCUCAAGUGCGCGAUGCAAGAUGUGAUUGCGGCCGACCAGGCGUACAUGACGCACCUCCAAGACGACGGCUUCUUGAGUUCGGACGAGUGCGCGCUCAGCGAAGACCUCAUCGGCGCGCUCAAGCGCAGCGAUGACGCGCAGCUCCAAGUCGUGCUCAAGAAGCCCCAGUGGCAGUAUCUCGACACGUGCAUUGGCCGCCUUGUGCGCACGCUGAGCCUCUACGGCGGGGCCAAGCCGCCGUCUUCGGCGCCGACCUCUGCGGCCAAGAGCACGUCGUUUCCGCCGUCGACGCAGCGGACGCAAGCUUCGUUGCCGACAACUGCGUCGGUUGGGAGCAGCACCGCACCGGCCUUUUCGUUUGACGAACUCGAGUUUUCGAGCAGCCCCGUUGUUGACACGGCGGCUGCGAUCGCGUCGCUGCAGAUUGCGACGCCGGCGACGACUGCGCCGGCCACAACAACGCCGUCAGCACCGACGACGACGACGACGGCGGCGGCGGCCGCAAGCGCACCGACGCAGCACGCUGUGGAAGAAGACAUGUUUGACCUGACAUGAUGAGCCCAACGACGGAGCUGGCACUGCGAUCGAUGACAUUUUACACUGGACAGAGGAAUCUACACCGAAUUGUGUUGAGAAUCAGUGAUGGAUUAAAGCGUCG